GCUCCGCCAUCUUAACGUCGGGCACUGCUACGGGAGCCGAGCGCGGUGAAGCGUCGGGCGACCUUGUUGGUUGAGGGCAGUCGUGAGGGUGGCGUGGCUCCUGCGGCCGCGGCAGAGUCUCCCGGACCCACGUGGAAGCCGCGCUCGGGAUGCUGCGCCGCGAGGCCCGCCUGCGCCGCGAGUACCUGUACCGCAGGGCCCAGGAGGAGUCGCAGCGAGCGGCCCAGGAGCGGAAGGACAAGGUUCGGCGCGCGCUGCAAGAGAACCGCCUGAUUCCCACCGAGUUACGCAGGGAGGCUCUGGCCUUACAGGGUUCCCUGGAGUUUGAUGAUGCCGGCGGGGAAGGUGUGACCGACCACACGGAUGAUGAAUAUCGAUGGGCGGGAGUUGAGGAUCCUAAGAUCAUGAUCACUACCUCCCGAGACCCCAGUUCCCGCCUCAAGAUGUUUGCAAAGGAGUUGAAGUUGGUGUUCCCAGGUGCCCAACGCAUGAACCGUGGCCGGCAUGAGGUAGGGGCACUGGUGCGAGCCUGCAAAGCCAAUGGUGUCACUGACCUACUGGUUGUCCAUGAACAUCGAGGCACACCUGUGGGUUUCAUUGUCAGCCACCUGCCCUUCGGCCCCACUGCUUACUUCACCCUGUGCAAUGUGGUCAUGCGGCAUGACAUCCCUGACCUGGGCACCAUGUCAGAGGCCAAGCCUCACCUCAUCAUGCAUGGCUUCUCCUCUCGCCUAGGCAAGCGGGUCUCUGACAUACUCCGUUACCUGUUUCCUGUGCCCAAAGAUGACAGCCACCGGGUCAUAACUUUUGCGAACCAAGAUGACUAUAUCUCCUUCCGGCACCACGUGUAUAAGAAGACCAACCAUCGCAGUGUGGAGCUGACUGAGGUUGGACCUCGCUUUGAACUAAAGUUGUAUAUGAUCCGCCUGGGCACGCUGGAACAGGAGGCCACAGCAGAUGUGGAGUGGCGCUGGCAUCCGUACACCAACACUGCACGCAAGAGAGUCUUUCUGAGUGCUGAGUGAACCCACCCCCCAGGAGGUGGGGAGGGGUCGGAAUAAAGUCCAUGUGCCACACCA